AUGCUUCCAGCAGGAUUUCUCAGCCUUCACAGCACACUCGGAGCCAUCGAAAUUGGUUCUCAAGUUUCAACCUUCCUCUUCGGCAUUGUGACACUGCAGACAUAUGCAUAUUUUCAGCGAUUCCAAGAUGACAGGCUGUAUCUCAGGGCGAUGCUUUGGGCGCCUAGGUGGGGCUAUUAUGGUGCGUUCAAACUUUACCUGUUGGGUAAUGACGUGCCGGGACAGCUAUCUUCCAGGGUGCUUCAGCUAGCGCAUACAAUAUGUAUUCUCGGCGAAGUAUAUCGCGCGACCAUAGUGGAUUGGGGAGAUGUGACGGCGCUCCUACGUUUACCAUCCCCCUUCCUGAAAAUUGCGAUCAUACUGGCAGCAGUUAUCACUUGGAUAUCACACUCGUUUUACGCUUGGCGUGCAUGGCGCAUGCUCCCCAACCCCUGGCGUUACAUGGGCCCUCUCGCCGUGCUAGUUACGACCCUGCGGCUUGCAGGGUCCACGGUGUCCACAGUCAAGAGCUUCCAAUCGAAGAACUACCUUGAAGGCAUGGAGGAAUUCGGUUGGCUGAUUAAGGCUAUCCUGAGCGCCGGAGCAGCCAUCGAUCUCACCCUCGCCUUUUCGAUGGUGUUUUACCUUCAUCUCCAGCGGGGGAAAGUACUGGAGAGGUCGAUGCGAUUAAUCGAUCAUCUCAUGCACUACACCAUAGGGCUUCGCCAGUGCAGCGUCCUGAAUUAUCACCGCGACUUCAAGGAACCGGUCUGUUAA